AUGGCCAGCAAAGCCGCAACCCAUUAUCUCCAAUUUGACAUACAGUGGUCUAGUCUUGCGCUCCUCUUCUACGACUAUGCCCUUACCUUCCCUUUGGAAGUGAAGUAUAUCUGGGGGUCGAAAGGUCGCGCGUCGACCGUUCUGUAUAUCUUCUGUCGAUAUGCGUUAGUUGCGAAUGUCCUCUACUUACUGGCUAUAGCCAAUCGACUCAAACAAGGGUCUGUUCUUUUCUUCGGUUCUCCCGAUGGUUUGACUGAACCUCCACAUCCUCCUCCUCUCCUUCUUUCAAUCCUGAUGAUUGUUUUUGAGUUCUCCGCCGCGGUUUUGACCGUCAUCCGUUGCUUGGUGGCGUUCAAAGCGGCUGGGGGGAGGAAGAAUCAGUCCAAGGGACUCAUGAACCUAAUCUUCGAACAAGGCGUCCUAUACUUUAGACUCUCGGGCUUACUCACUGCACGGUUCUUACUGCACAUCCGAGUUUACGAGGAUAAACAAGAAGCCAGAGCCUUGGGUGCUGCAGCGAGGAGUCAAGUCCACGCUUCGAGCACGUUGGCAAGCUUCCGUGCUGCUGCUGGCGACAUGGUUUCGGGUCUCGUCAGCCAGUUUGGUGAUGACCCCGUUGAGACGGUUCAGCGCGGAACGGUGGCGGGCGAAUCCAGGUCAUCGGCGAUGUCUGGAGGCGCAGGGUUGAGUGGUGAUGUUCCCUUAGUUGAGCCACAGUCUGGACAUGCCUGUGGUUCCUCGAACGCGGCAUGA